CUGCGAAGGAGGGGCCGGCCCAAGGGGUCGUCACGCCUGGCGCCCGAGGUGGUGGCGCGCCUGGGCGAUGCCAACCUCAUGUACGCCAUGGGGCGCUACAGCGAGGCCAUUCCUCUACUGGAGGCGGUGAUACGGGAGGCGCCUGCGGUGCCGGACAGCUACCAGACGCUGGCACUGGUGUACGACGCCCUGGGGGAGCGGCGCAAGGCCGUCAACCUCACCAUGAUCGCCGCCCACAUCACCCCUCAGGACACCGCUCUCUGGCGCCGCCUUGCUGCCUGGUCACUCACCGCAUGCACCGCAUGGAUGCACCUCUCUCGCCUCCCACCGCACGGCCCCCUGCUCCUCACCCGCCUUUACCAGGUGGUGCGGCGGGACCCCUCGGGUGUGGAGGCGUGGUGGGAGCAGGCGCUGCUGCUGCCGGAGGCGCAGGCAGGCCAGGUGGCGCUGUUGUCAGGUGGAGUUGACCAUUGCCGCCCAGCCCAGCAUCCAUCGUCCCGUCCCUCCCCCCCCUCCCAGGUGGUGCGGCGGGACCCAUCAGACGUGGAGGCGAGGUGGGAGCAGGCGCUGCUGCUGGCGGAGGCGGGGGACUACCGGCGGGCAGCAGCGGCACUGGAGCUCAUGCGCGCGCACAGGGAGGCGGAUGGGCAGCGGGAGGCUGACGGGGAGGUCUGCAAGAUGCUGGCGCGGGUGAGUGAGAUGCCUUGGGAGCGGGUGAGAUGCCUUGAGCGGUGGGCUCACCCCCCUUCCUGCCACCCGUUCCCCCCACCCUUCCAGAUGUAUCACCGCAUUGACCAAUCAGACAAGGCCAUCGAGGUCCUCCAAUCGCUGCUCGCCUCCGCCACCCCCUCCACUGCCCCCGCCGCCCAGCUCGACCUCACGGCGCUCAACAUUCUCGCCGAGCUUUACAUCACCAAGGGAAGCUUCCAGGAAGCGCUGGCUGUGGUGGAGCGGGGCGAGGGCGUCGCUGUGUCCGGGGGAGGCCCUGCCGGUGGACCUGGGCGCCAAGGCGGGCACCUGCCUCGUGCGCCUGGGCCGGCUCACAGACGCUCAGCGACGGCGUCAGAGGGGCAAGGGGGGGCGGCAGAGGCGCUAUGGCAGGAGGUGGAGGGGCGGGCGGCUGUGUGGGUGAAGCUGGGAGCGGCGUGUGCUGCUGCUGGGCGUGUAGAUGACGCCGUGCUCAUUCUUCACCGAGGUGUGCUGUGGGCACUGCACUGUAGGGCGCGCGUGGCGCAGGUGGUGAAGGCUGGUGCUGGGAGGGAGAGCGAGUGGGACUCGCCUUUUCCCCUCGCCUUCUUCAUCCCCUCGCCUUCUUCAUCCCCUCGCCUUCUUCAUCUCCUCGCCUCACACCCCUUUCACCCACCCCCUGCCCGCGCAUCAGAUUCUGUCGGCCUUCCGGGCGGCGCACCCGUGGUGGGGCGGCCGUGGAUGAGGCAGCUGAAGGCGCUGCUGGCAGAGCAGGCGAGGGAGGGCAAGGAGGGGCUCUACCGCGGGCUCAAGCUGCGCCUGCCGCGCGGCAUUGCAGUAGGGAUUGUGAGACUCCUCCCCUCACACGCCCUGCUUCUGUCACCACCUCUCAUGCCAUCCCGUGCCCUAUCCUCUCACCAUGCCAUCACCCACCCUCUCCCAGCACCUCAUUUCUCUCCUUCCUCACACACACCAUCACCCCUCUCCCUUCUCCCCGCUCUUUUCCCCCUACCUCCCCCCUCAACCCCCUCCUCUCCUCCUACCCGCACAAACCCCACCAGCUGCCAGCUGGCGAAUCGGCGGCGCCUGGCCCGGCUGGCAGCAGAGGAGGCGGGAGAGGCAGGCGGCGCUGGGGGAGGGGAGGGGCGCGGGGGAAGGGGAGGGAGGAGCGGGAGGAGACGGGGCGGGGAAGGCAGGUGGUGGUCGGGGGGGGAUUGGCACAGACUCAGUGCGGCUGCAGCUAGAGGUGGGGGGAGAAGCGAGGUGAGGGAGAAGCGAGGUGGGGGAGCAAACGAGGAAAAGAUUGAAGUGGGAAGGGUUGUGGGUAGAAAAGCGAGAAAGGAGAGCACUCACUCACCCCUCAACAUGCAUCACUCACCCCUCAACAUGCAUCACUCACCCCUCAACAUGCAUCACUCACCCCUCAACAUGCAUCACUCACCCUCAACAUCCAUCUCUCACCCCUCAACAUGCAUCUCUCACCCCUCAACAUGCAUCACUCACCCCUCAACAUGCAUCACUCACCCCUCAACAUGCAUCACUCACCCCUCAACAUGCAUCUCUCACCCCUCAACAUCCAUCACUCACCCCUCAACAUGCAUCUCUCACCCCUCAACAUGCAUCUCUCACCCUCAACAUGCAUCUCUCACCCUCAACAUGCAUCACUCACCCCUCAACAUCCAUCACUCACCCCUCAACAUGCAUCACUCACCCCUCAACAUGCAUCACUCACCCCUCAACAUGCAUCACUCACCCCUCAACAUGCAUCACUCACCCCUCAACAUGCAUCACUCACCCCUCAACAUGCAUCUCUCACCCCUCAACAUGCAUCACUCACCCCUCAACAUGCAUCACUCACCCCUCAACAUGCAUCACUCACCCCUCAACAUGCAUCUCUCCCUCAACAUGCAUCACUCCCCCCUCAACAUGCAUCUCUCACCCCACAACAUGCAUCACUCACCCCUCAACAUGCAUCACUCACCCCUCAACAUGCAUCUCUCACCCCUCAACAUGCAUCACUCACCCUCAACAUGCAUCUCUCACCCCUCAACAUGCAUCACUCACCCCUCAACAUGCAUCUCUCACCCCUCAACAUGCAUCACUCACCCCUCAACAUGCCUCUCUCACCCUCAACAUGCAUCACUCACCCCUUAA